AUGCCAACUCCAGGCCUAUCUCCUGAUCUGACUGCAGACCAGGAUCCAUCUGUCUUUAUUUCGACCACAUUUUUUCCCGGUGCCGAUAUUAACCCACAUCUAUCAGACCUUGUACUUUCUUCCUCAGAUUCGGUUUUGUUUUACGUGCACGCACAUAUACUGUUAGCCUCCUCGGAUAACGGCUUCAAUUCGCUGCUCCCAUUUACCUCAGAUAAUAGGCUUUCGCGGUUUCACACUGGAGAAAAUCAUAUUGCUGUUGCAGAAGACUCAUCAAGUUUGAAUAUAGUACUCCACAAUAGUUAUGAUAUUUCCUCUGCUCAGUACUCGCCUUCUUUUGAAACACUCGUGUCUGCGGUUGUGUCUCUACACACUUACGGCAUCUCCCUCGACCGUUGCUUGGUGCCAUCGACACCUCUUUAUAACUCUCUUCUGUCCCAUGCACCUCUUCGGCCUCUGGAGUUAUAUAUACUCGCUGCAUCCUACGAUCGGUAUGAACUGGCAGUAUCGACCUCAUCUCACCUUCUGUCUUUUACCCUUUCCUCGCUCACGGAUGACAUGGUGGACAAGAUGGGGGCAAAAUACUUGAAGCGCUUGUUUUUCCUUCACUUCGGCCGUACCAGCGCCCUCAAACGUCUUCUUCUACCGCCUCCUCAUCCACAUGCCCCAACAAAUUCAUGUAGUUUUUCCGACCAAAAAAGUGUGUCAAGAGCAUGGGCUCUGGUUGCUGCUUAUCUUGCCUGGGAUGCUAGACCUGAUAUGUCUACGCACACCAUCAAAACGGCGUUAUGUUCAUUGGAGGAGCAAGUCGAUUGUGAUAUCUGCCGAACCUCACUGAAUGAGCGAAUACGCGACCUGGUGAUUCAGUGGUCUCUCAUCAAAGUCAGCAUCUCACUCACAUUCCUUGGCAACAGCGCACCAUAUGAGUACUUUGGUCACCCUUGCCGAACACUGUUGAAUCGAUUAAUGCAUGCCCCUCGCAUUUAG